AUGUGUACGAAGAAGAGGCAGAAACCUUCUCGCACUGUUCAUCCUCGUCGUAGCGUGAAGUCUAUCACAAGUGUCUUGGCUGUGGGUGACAAAGAAGAGGUCUUCACCUGCAUCAUCGACGGAGUUCCAACUCAACUCCAGGUAGACACAGGCUCAUAUUAUACAAUCCUUGGGAGAAACGCAUGGCUGAAUUUGGGGAAGCCAAAACUCGCCCCGGCGCAUCAGAAACUCAGGGUACUUACCGAUCACAGUAUACCUUUGAAAGGCCAACGUUCGGUGGAGGUAACCGUUGCGGGACAAACCCACCAGCUCCAAGCACUUUUUGCAGAAUUUGAUGGUAUGAGCUUACUUGGCAGAGAGUCGAUCCGCGUGCUGAAGCUAGACCUCUCGGACAUUCUGCGCCAGUACGACGAGCUUUUCGAGGAGGGACUAGGACGGUGCUCGAAGGUCAAGGUCCACCUACAGUUUCAGUCAGAAGCGAGACCGAAAUUUUGCAAAGCCAGGCCUAUUCCGUUUGCGCUUCGUGACGCAGUGGAGAAAGAUCUUCAGAGGCAAGUCAGUAACGGAGUCUUGACGCCAGUGAAAGUGUAG